UGUGUGUGUGUGUGUGUGUGAUGAUGCGUGUCCAUUGCUUCCCACACCCAGGUACAGUAACUGUAGUACACGCCGCAGCCAGCAGGGGGAGCGCGACAGCCACAGCCCUGUCUCCUGGUCUCCUCCCCAACGCUCACCGCUCGCCAUCACUUCCGUUCAGCCCUCCGCCGGCGCCAUAUUGUGUGGUGAGAAGAGGCAAGCAGCACGGCCUCGGGGCCGCUAGCGAUAUAGGGAAACACCGACACGCGUGGCAACAUCGGACGACAGAGUGGGUACCGAGCAGUGUGUAUGCAGAGUGGUUUACGAAGAGUUCAGCAGAAAUGUGGGAUCAAGGUGGACAGCCUUGGCAACAGUGGCCAUUGAAUCAGCAGCAAUGGAUGGAGUCGUUUCAGCACCAGCAGGAUCCAAGUCAGAUAGAUUGGGCGGCAUUAGCCCAAGCAUGGAUUGCGCAACGGGAAGCUACAGGACCGGCAGUGGCGGAGCAGCCAGGGAUGAUGCCCAAUGGACAGGAGCUGCCACCAGUUCCUCCACAAAUGGAACCUAUUCCUAACAAUCAUAGUUUUCAAGGUGAUCCCAAUUUUAAUCGAAUGUGGCAGCCACAGCCAGAAUGGGGAGCAAUGCAUCACCAGCCACCGCCACACCAUCCUCCUCCCCCCGAGCAGCCGUGGAUGCCUCCAGCUCCUGGGCCUAUGGAUAUUGUUCUUCCAUCGGAAGAUGGCAACAGCCAGGACAGUGGAGAUUUUUCAAAUGACAACAGACGCAUGUUUAACCAAAAUAAUAAUAGCUUUGGGGGGCCACCUGACAAUUUCCAAAUGGGGCCAGUGAAUCAAUAUGAUUACCAGCAUGGCUCAAGUGGAUAUGGCCCUCCUCAAGGUGGUUUUCACCCACCGUACUGGCAGCAAGGCCCACCUGUACCUCCAGGUCCACCUGCUCCACCUCCUACUAGAAGAGAGAGGACUUCUUUUAGAGAACGACAACGGUCCCCUAUACCAAUACCACCACCCAAGCAAGAGCCUCUGCAGAUUGAUGCUGUUAAACGUAGGACUUUGCCAGCUUGGAUCCGUGAAGGUUUAGAGAAAAUGGAAAGAGAAAAGCAGAAGAAGCUGGAACGUGAGAGAAUGGAGCAGCAACGCUCUCUGAUGAAAAAAGAAAUAAAGAUCCAAAUUGCUGCAGAGGGGGAUGGUCCACAUUUGCCUCAGAAGAGCAAAUUUGACAGUGAUGAUGAGGAGGAGGAAGAGGAGGAGGAGGAGCAGGAUGAAAAUGAUGAUGAGAAUGAUGAGAUUGAAGAGGACAAAGUUAGUCCAAAAGUCAGCCGCAGCCCAUCUCCAGCUCCACAGGAAGAGAACAGUGAGUCAGAAAUAACUGAAGAAGAGAGGGCUUAUCAAAUGAUGCUAAUGACAAAGGUGGUGCUGACAGAGAUUCUCUUAGAUGUCACGAAUGAAGAAAUCUAUAACGUGGCUAGAGACACCCAUCGCAAAGCGACUAAAGCUCCUGCAAGGCAGCUGGCACAGUCCAGUGCACUGGCUUCCCUCACUGGACUCGGUGGACUGGGUGGUUAUGGAUCAGCAGAAAGUGAAAAUGAGAGGAGUGAUAGAGGCUCUGAAUCUUCUGAUACUGAUGAAGAGGAACUUCGGCACAGAAUCCGACAAAAGCUGGAAGCUUUUAAGCGAAAGGAAAAAGAGCAACAGUUAAUUGAAAAAGAAUUAGAAGAGGAAAAACAAGUGGAAACUAAUAAUAAUAAUAAUGAAGCAAAUGAGCCUGAAACAGAUCUUCAAAGCAACUUGGAGCGGAAACUUGAGGCUGAAAUGGAGAUUGAGAAAAGAAAACUGAUCAAUGAGACAUUAAGUUUGUUAGAGGUAAAAAAAGAAGGAAAGGAAAGGACAGUUGCUAGUAAGUCCAGGAGCUCAAGUAGUAGCAGCAGUAGCAGUAAGCAUAGUUCUAGUAGUAGUAGUAGCAGCAGCAGCAGCAGUGUGUACAGCACUAGCGCCUCCAGCAGCCAUAGUUCAUCUCCCUCUUUACCCAAGAGGAAAAAGAGACGAAGUCGUAGCCAGUCACCAUUACGUAAAAUGAGACGCAGCAGGAGUAGAAGUGACACACGUAAGAGUCAUAAGGAGAAGAGCAGAAGUAGGGAAAAGAUUAGUGAGCGUAGGAGAUCCAGCAAAAAUAGCUUAGAUCGGGAAUGGCGUAGAGAACGUAGUCACAGCAGAGAGCGGAGGGCAAAUCGUUCUAGAGAUAGACAUGGCAUUCGCAGUAGGAGCAGGGAUAGGCGCAAAAGUGAUGCCCAUCUUAGCUCUAGCAGAAGCAGACUCAAAUAUAGAGGUAAUAGCAGGGAAAGGGAGAAGGCAAGGAGCAAGAGUGUUGAAAUGGAUAGGAAGAGAAGAGAGUCAGAAAAGGAUAGGAAAAAAGAAAAAUUAAAAAGAGAAGAGAAAUCUAAAUAUAAUCAGGAAGAGGAUAGAAGUAAAAGUAGGAGAGAAAGCGAAAGGACGUUCUCCCGCAGUGAGUCGACCUCUUCAAAGAUGUCUCGGCAAGAUGGUAAAAAAGGCUCUACCAAGGAAAGUAAGAAACAAGGCUACUCUAGUGGAAGAAGCAGUUCAGAAUCUCCUAUCUUUCACAAGGAUAAAAAAUCUAAGAAACUGAAACGUAGCCGGUCACGUUCUGUGGAGAAAUCUCAAAGGUCUGGUAAGAAGGCGAGCCGCAAACACAAGUCUAAGACCCGAUCAAGAUCAUCAACACCUGUUCGCCGCAAACGCUGAUGGCUUACAGACCAUUAUAUUAAUUUUAAAAAAUUCCAUGAGUUUUAAGGGCUUGUCUCAUUUUAGAGGCACAUUACGGCUGUGUAGGUGUGGAAAAUGUAUUCACCCUUUCCCCAUUCUCUAAUUUUUAAAUGUGUAUAUAUUUCCCCCCCCAUUUUCUUGCUCCCGAAAGUAAAAACUACUAAAACUACUUUGUAUUGCAUAUUUUCAGCAUUAGUAAUGAAUAUUUUAUUUUUAGCUGUAAUGUUAUUCAAGAUAACGGUUAACUGUCCUGUGAUGUUAAUAAACACUGCUUAUUUGAUAAAGAA